AUGUCAACCGAAAGUUUAGUUCGUCCCGGUUUGACGACGCCCUACGUCGGCAGCCUGCCAGAAAUCAAGUUGCGCCUGCGCAAGAAAGUUCCCAAACUCACCGCGAACGAUGUCCGGCGGGCACGAAUACUGUACUACGAAGCGAUUGCCAGCGAACUGUACGAGGAAGGCUUCGUAAAUGGGGCUUUCCUGCUGCUGCAUCUGAUCGAGUACGAAGAUGCUAACGUUGGCCGCACAUCGUACGCGUCGGUGGAAGGUAGAAGGCUACGGAACAACGAAAAGUUGCUGAACUAUUUGGGUGGUGCGCUGGCCAGCGCUGAAGGUAGGAAACGCGAACAAGAGUACGAGCGGGAAGUGAGUGAGCUGCUAGCGAUUGCCCGCCAUUUGGAACCGGAUCAGGAGAAACGAUGGCUAGCGCGGCAAUUCUUCCUAAUUGCGUUGGAUCGAUGUGUCGAUUGUGGUACAGGGUCGCGUGUGAAGAUUGAGUCACUGGUGCGGUAUUAUUUUGCAAAGUUUCAAAUCGAUCAGCAGCGAUAUCUAGUGCCAAUGAAGAUGCUGGAGCAAGCUGAUGAAGAUCUGGAUUCGCUAGAGGCUGGUGGAGAUGAGGCAGAAAAUUGCAAAACGCUCGAGGAGGAUGGCGAAUCGCUAUCGAUCGCCAUUAACUCUUUACUGUUUGUGUGUAAUCGGAAGCUUGCGGAAGAGACGGCAGCCUCUCCAGCGUGGAUGGCGGAACAGUACAUAAGAGACGCUCACAAGGCAGCUCUGAAAACCUUCAAAACAUCCAUUAUGGCAGAGUCCUAUCAAGCUUAUGGAGACUAUCUUGCGAAAAAGGGAUCUCUUGAGGAGGCCCUGCAGAUGUACCGAGACGGUUUGCAACAGGCUGAGUUGAAUGGCGAAAUGCAGGACCUUGCCUGUUCGGUCGCCUUAGCUCAGGCAGUCUGCUAUCACAAACUUGGUCAAUUGGUAAAAUGUGAUUCAAUGCUCCGUCGGGUGGAUCGCAUGACGAAAUCCUCAGAACAUUCGCUAAACCGAGGGCACUAUUAUCUAACAUCAGCUAUCCUGCAGCAGGAAAACGCCAAAGCAGAUAACGUCCAGAUGCUGCAGCUGAUGGAGCAGUUGUGUAUGGCGGCACAAAUUUUCGAACAGUUCGGCCGGAUGGAUAAGUCACUCGAGGCACGCUGUCUCGAGGGACUGUUGCGAGCCGAGCCCUCCUUUGCCGAGUACGCCAACCUGUUUCCGUCGGCCAUUAGCACCUCCGACGAGGCGUUGUACCGGGUGAUCGAUCGUGUCGGUUUCUAG